GCGGUGACACAAACGAGAGGAUAUUUGAACAGUGCCUAAGCCUGUCAGCUUAACCGAUUUAAUUUGCUUUUUUUCGGAUCGGAAACUCUAAUCGUACCCCGUAUAUACUUGAACUAAAAUGUCUCUGAAUCUGCAGUACGAGGACAUUGGCAAGGAAUUUGUCCAGCAGUACUACGCCAUAUUCGAUGACCCGGCGAAUCGGGAGAACGUGAUUAAUUUCUAUAACGCUACCGACUCUUUCAUGACCUUUGAAGGCAACCAAAUACAGGGAGCACCCAAGAUUCUGGAAAAAGUUCAGAGUCUGAGCUUUCAGAAGAUUGCCAGAGUGAUAACCACAGUGGAUUCGCAGCCAACUUCCGAUGGCGGAGUUCUGAUCAUCGUCCUUGGAAGACUAAAAUGCGAUGACGAUCCCCCACAUGCAUUCUCGCAGAUCUUUUUGCUGAAGCCCAACGGAGGAUCCCUCUUCGUGGCUCACGACAUCUUCCGUCUGAACAUCCACAACUCUGCCUAGGAGCACUCCAGACCCAUAUGUACACCACACAUAAUCGACAUCCAAAGACGCCCAGCGCCUAAUAGUGAUAACAUGAUAACAACAGCACGGCAGUGGGACUCAGAAAAAAGCAAAACAAAGCCAGCCAACGGUCUCAAGAUCGUCAGCGAAUACAAAAGUUAAUACAAGACAAACAAAAAAAUAAUUAAAAAAAGCUUAGGACUUUUAUUUUGAAAACUUUUUCGAGAAAUAAAAUAGAAACAAAUCUUUUCCCAAUUCAC